AUGGACCAUUACUCGCCUUUGCGGCUGGACAAGCAGAUGCAGUCGGUUCCCACGGUGACCCAUGGUACAAGGUUCUUACGGAUAGCUAUGGAAACCUACAUCCGUCAGAGGCAGCUCAUCAUGUCUCCACUCAUCCCGUCUCGAGUCAUAGGAGAGAACGAGCCUCUCACCGCCGUCUUCAACAAAGUCAUUGCCACUCGAGAGGUCAAUCACAAAGGCCAGGGUCUGUUUGUGACCCUGAAGCUCCUCGCGGGGGACCUUGCCCAGGUCCGUAAAGACUACUCCCACUUUGUCGACCGCACCACAGCCAUUGUCAGAAAGAUGGGCUUUCCGGAAAUCAUCCUCCCAGGUAACGUGAGGAAUGAUAUCUACGUGACACUGCUGCAGGGAGAGUUUGACCGGGGCAAAAAAAAGACACCGAAAAAUGUCGAGGUCAUUCUUAGUGUGCAUGACGAUGAAGGCAAUCCAAUGAGCAAGCCUUUUUUAUCCUCGUGAAUGGUCUGAAAUGUGAUACAACGAUACAAGUCUGUCAUUUACUAACAGGUUAAGCAGCCCUGUUGGAAUGAAACAGUAAAGGUGACAAUCCCCAUUGAAGAUGUGUGCCGCUGUCACCUGAGGGUGAUGUUUCGACACAGAUCAUCCCAGGACUCUAGGGACAAAUCGGAGAGGCCCUUUGGGAUGGCCUUUGUGCGGCUCAUGAAGGGAGAUGGGACCACGCUCAGAGAUGGCCGUCAUGACCUUAUCGUCUAUAAGGUGGACGUGAAAAAGACAGAGGAUGCGAAGACUUAUCUCACCUUGCCAGGGACCUGGGCUGAGGUGGUGGAAAAGGAGAGGCAAACAGGGAAACCGUUCCACCAUUCGGGCACGAUCCCUGUUACAAAAGACAGUUUCCAGAUAGCCACGCUGACCUGCUCCACGAAACUCACUCAGAAUGUGGAUCUUCUUGGCCUUUUAAACUGGAGGUCAAAUCCCGAAGACCUGGACCAGACGUUGCAGCGACUAAUGGAGGUUGAGGGAGGAGAGAUAGUCAAAUUCCUCCAGGACACGCUCGACGCUCUCUUCAACAUCAUGAUGGAGACGUCAGAGAAGGACACCUACGAUACCCUGGUGUUCAACGCCUUGGUGUUUAUCAUCACCCUGAUCGGCGACAUCAAGUUCCAGCACUUUAACCCGGUCCUGGAAACAUACAUUAACAAGCACUUUAGUGCGACCUUGGCCUACAUGAAGCUGACCAAGGUACUGAACUACUAUGUCGGGCAUGCCGAGGAGCCCGUCCUAACCGAAAGACUCUACGCAGCACUGAAAGCUCUCAAGUACCUGUUCAGGUUCAUUGUACAGUCCCGCGUCCUGUAUCUAAGGUUCUAUGGCAACAGCGAGGAUGGGGAUGCCUUCUUCAACUCCAUUCGUACACUCUUCCUCUCAUUCAACACUCUAAUGGACAGACCCCUCGAUGAAGGAGUGAAGAUAAAGGGGGCAAUAUUGAAAUACCUCCCCAGCAUCAUUAAUGACAUCCAGAACGUCUUCGACCGUGUGGAGCUGAGUGUUCUUCUGACGAAGUUCAUCGAAAGCAUCCCCGACUCCCAGCUGGUGCGUCAGAAGCUGGGCUGCAUGUGUAAGAUGGUGGAGAGUGACCUGUUCAAGCAGCCAGAUUGUCGAGACGUCCUUCUGCCCCUUGUUACUGACCAGCUAAGUGGGCAGCUGGAUGACCACUCCAGUAAGCCCGACCACGAGGCCUGCGUUCAACUACUCAGCACCGUGUUGGACAACCUGGACCGCAAAGAUGUGGGUCCGACCCGGGGGCAUGUGGAGCUUAUCAUGGAGCGACUGCUUCGCAGGGUUAAUCGCACCGUCAUCAGCAUGGACAGAUCCUCCCCUCUCAUUGGCCACUACCUGGCCUGCAUGACGGCCAUCCUGAAGCAGAUGGAUGACAUGCACUACGCUCACUACAUCAGUACUUUCAAGACGAGACAGGACAUCAUUGACUUCCUGAUGGAAACCUUCAUCAUGUUUAAAGACCUGAUGGGUAACGUCUUCCCCGCUGACUGGAUGAUCAUGAAUCUGCUGCAGAUGCAGGUCUUCCUGAGGGCCAUCGACCAGUACUCUAAGGUUCUUAACAAGUACUUCCUGGACCAGGCUCAUUUCGAACUCCAGCUGUGGAAUAACUACUUUCAUUUGACCGUGGCGUUCCUCACUCACAAGGCGCUGCAGCUGGAAUCCUUCUCCCAAGAGAAACGGAAUAAGAUACUCAACAAGUACAGCGACAUGAGGAAAACUGUCGGCUUCAAGAUCCGAGACAUGUGGUAUAAUCUCGGCCCCCACAAAAUGAAGUUCAUCCCCGCCAUGGUGGGGCCCAUUCUCGAGGCCACGCUGGUGCCUGAGCCAGAGCUGAGGAAAGCCACCAUCCCCAUCUUCUUUGACAUGAUGCAGUGCGAACACAACUUUAAUCCCGGACGCACGUUUGAAAAGUUCGAGAAUGAGCUGAUCACAAAACUGGAUCAAGAGGUAGAAGGCGGCCGAGGAGAUGAACAGUACAAAGUGCUGCUGGAGAAAACAUUACUGGAGCACUGCAGGCGCCACAGAUACCUGUCGCAGUCGGGAGAGGAGCUGGCUCUGCUGCUCAGCAGCCUGCUGGAAAAUCUGCUGGCGUACCGCACCAUCACACAUGACGAAAGCCCCGAGCACCGAAUGAGCUGCACGGUCAAUGUGCUGAAUUUCUACAAGGAAAAGAAGAGGGAAGACAUUUACAUCCGGUACCUGUACAAGUUGCGGGAUUUGCACCUGGACUGCGAGAACUACACAGAAGCGGCCUACACGCUGAUACUACAUGCCGAAUUACUGGAGUGGUCUGACAAACCCUGUGCACCCCAUCUGAUUCCGCGUGAUGGGCAAUAUGUAUGGACCCAGCAGGAGCUAAAGGAGCGGCUCUUCCAGGAGAUAAUAUGCUACUUGGACAAGGGCAAGAUGUGGGAGAAGGCCAUUGAAUUGGGGAAACAGCUGUCCAAGAUGCACGAGAGCCACAUGUUUGACUUCAUGGAGCUCAGCCAGCUGCUGAAACAGCAAGCCCAGUUCUAUGAAAAUAUAAUGCAUGCUAUGCGACCUCAGCCGGAGUACUUCGCUGUAGGAUAUUACGGCCUUGGAUUUCCGACCUUCCUCAGGAACAAGAUCUUCAUCUACCGAGGUAAAGAGUACGAGUGGCUCGAGGACUUCAGCUUGAAGCUGCUCUCCCAGUUCCCCAACGCAGUCCGAAUGACCAGCACAGCACCUCCCGGGGAAAACAUCAGCAACUCGCCAGGGCAGCACAUCCAGUGCUUCACUGUCAAGCCAGUGCUCACCGUGCCGCACCAGUUUAAAGACAAGGGCGUACCAGAGCAGAUAUUAAACUAUUACAGGACCAAUGAGGUCGACCAGUUCCAGUAUUCCAGACCAUUCAGGAAAGGCGAAAAGGACCCAGACAAUGAAUUUGCAACCAUGUGGAUUGACAGGACAACGUACAUUACAGCCUAUCGCUUCCCAGGAAUCCUUAAGUGGUUUGAAGUUAAAUCUGUCUCUGUGGAGGAGAUUAGUCCUUUGGAGAACGCCAUAGAAACUAUGGAGAUGGCCAACGAGAAGCUGAGUAACCUGGUGCAGCAGCAAGCCUGUGACCGCUCACUGCCCGUCCAUCCACUGUCCAUGAUGCUCAACGGCAUAGUUGAUCCUGCUGUCAUGGGUGGCUUCUCAAACUAUGAAAAGGCAUUCUUCAUAGACACCUACAUUCAGGGGCACCCAGAGGACUUUGAGCGCAUAAAGGUCCUUAAACAUCUUAUUGCCCUGCAGAUCCCCCUCUUGGCAGACGGGAUUCGCAUCCAUGGCGAAAAGUCGACCGAACAGCUGAAACCAUUACACCAUCGCCUGGUUACUUGCUUCCAAGACCUGCGGGAAAAAGUGGAGAAGCAUUAUGGCGUCAUAACUUUGCCCUGCUCUCUGACUGAGAGGAAGAAGAGUCGUGUGGGCUCCGUGGUAAUGCCCUACAUCUUGUCCUCUACCCUGCGCCGCAUGUCCACUGUUUCCACCCUCUCCAACGCCUCCUCGGGCCUCUCCAGCGGUUCCGUAUCUUCCGACGGACCCUCCCGCAUCUCCUCCCAAGACUCCUUGCUGUCGCGUCCAAACGAUCGCAGGGCCUCCGUUUUGUCCCGGGCCGAGGACGACAACCGGAUCAGCAGAAAGAACAGGAAGGAGUGGAGUGUGAGCAAAUCCCAGGUCCUACUGGAGAGGCAGUCGGAUGCAGAUGAGAUUUCUGCAGAGAAGCAGCAGCGGCCCAAGAGUUUACAAUUAGGGGAUCGGCGGCUCCCCCUAUCCUUGUUCCAGGGCGUCUCCUCUCAGCUCAGCCUGUCAAGCCCUCUGAGCCCACUGCCUGCCCCUCCACACACUCCGCGUAGCUCCAGUUAUUCAUCUCUUCUCAGUGACAAUAACACCAGUACGACUGACACCCCGGGGACCCCUCCUCCCAUGCCUCCAAAGAAGCAUCCUCACGAGAGUGACAACGCCCUCUUCUAUUCCGAGUUCAUACCUCCUCUGCCUACGAAAAUCGAGAGCAAGCCUCCACCGCCACCUCCGAAAACGCGGAAGUCGAUGUUCCCCUCGUACGAGCACAGUCCGCAGUGAAGCGCUGCCUGCACGUGGCCGGGGCCCCCCGGUUCGUUUCCUCUGCUCGCUGUGAUUAAAGCGUCGCUUCGUUUGUAGCGCUGCAGUGUACACGGCGCCACGGUAUAAAAAAAGGCAACCGUCUACGUGAG